AUGGCUUCCUCAAGGCCUGCUGCCCGACUACUGGCCUCCCGGUGGCCGUCGCCUCUCUCCUCUUCAUUUUCUGUUCCCUCGCACAUCAAUCGCUCCGCCAUCACAUAUGUCCUCUUCUCAACAUCAGCGAGUCGAACUGCGACACCGCAUGGUCCACCUCAGCCCGGCUUUCGUUUGCCAACGCCGAAACGAUGGGAUCAGAGUGACGAGUCAACGUUGGACAAGGCGGGAAAAUUCUUCUUGAUGACUGAGCUGUUUCGAGGCAUGUACGUGGUACUAGAGCAGUUCUUUAGACCACCAUAUACAAUUUUCUACCCCUUUGAAAAGGGUCCUAUAUCUCCCCGGUUCCGCGGCGAACAUGCCCUACGCAGAUACCCUUCCGGCGAAGAGAGAUGUAUUGCCUGCAAGCUCUGCGAAGCAAUUUGCCCCGCGCAAGCCAUCACAAUUGAAGCAGAAGAGCGCGAGGACGGAAGCCGAAGAACCACCCGAUAUGAUAUUGACAUGACCAAGUGUAUUUACUGUGGCUUCUGUCAGGAAAGCUGCCCAGUGGAUGCGAUUGUUGAAUCACCGAACGCCGAAUAUGCCACUGAAACCAGAGAAGAAUUAUUGUACAACAAGGAGAAAUUACUUUCCAACGGAGAUAAAUGGGAACCAGAACUAGCCGCGGCCGCUCGUGCCGAUGCUCCAUACAGAUAG